AUGGAUAGAAAUGCCUUUCAUAAUUUAGUUUUAUUAACUAAGGAUGUCGGAAGUUUGACUGAUGGUAAGUAUAUGUCAAGAAGUGAAAAGCUAGCAAUGUUCUUAAACAUCUUGGCUCAUCACGAGAAGAAUAGAUCUAUCAAGGUCGAUUAUAUUAGAUCUGGAUGGAGCGGUUGUUUAGGUGCACUAGAUGGUACUUACAUUCACAUUAGAGUUCCAUCUGUGUACAAACCAAGAUACAGGACAAGGAAGGGAGAUAUAGCUACUAAUGUAUUGGGAGUUUGUGAUAGAAAUCUCAAUUUUACUUAUGUGUUACCUGGUUGGGAAGGAUCAGCUGCUGAUGGUCGUGUAUUGCGAGACGCUGUAGUGCGGCGCAAUGGUUUAAAAAUUCCUGAGGGGCGUUGGGGAAUUCUUAGGAGUUCUUCGUGGUACUCUGUUAAAGUUCAUAACAGAAUUAUAAGCGCUUGUUGUUUGAUUCACAACUACAUCCAUAGAGAGAUGGAUGUGGAUCCUUUAGACAUGGAUAUGGAAGAACAAGUUGAGAAUCAACCUGAACAUAUUGAUCUUGUUGAAUCGUCUGAAGAGUGGACCACUUGGAGGGAUGAGUUGGCUCAAUCAAUGUGGAAUGCAAGAUCUAAUCUGUGA